CCCCCGCCGGUGCCCCCCCCUCCCUCCGCCGCCCCCCGGUGUCGGCGCGGCGCGGGGCGGCGGGCGCGCUCCGGGCAGCGCUCGGCGGGGCCGCCCCCGCCAUGUCGGUGAACAUGGAGGAGCUGCGGCACCAGGUGAUGAUCAACCAGUUCGUGCUGGCGGCCGGCUGCGCCGCCGACCAGGCCAAGCAGCUGCUGCAGGCGGCCCACUGGCAGUUCGAGACGGCCCUCAGCGCCUUCUUCCAGGAGACCAACAUCCCCAGCAGCCACCACCCCCCCCAGAUGAUGUGCACCCCCAGCAACACGCCGGCCACGCCACCCAACUUCCCGGAUGCCCUGGCCAUGUUCUCCAAGCUGCGGACCUCCGAGAGCCUGCAGAGCAGCAACAGCCCCAUCACCUCCAUGGCCUGCUCCCCUCCGGGGAGCUUCAGCCCCUUCUGGGCCUCCUCGCCCCCCAGCCACCAGCCCGCCUGGCUGCCUCCCUCCUCGCCCACCGCCCACGGCCUCCACCACCAUCUGCACCACCCGCAGCCCGCCUGGCCCCCUGCCCCCCCACCUGCCACCCCCCCACAGAAAGCCGUGGCCACCAUGGAUGGCCAGAGAUAAGACUGGGUUGGCAGAGGCAGGGGGGAAUUGAGGAGGGGGCUGGGCCAGGGCGUUGGGAGCAGGGGCUCCCUGACAAACGCACUGGAAUAAUUUUCUAGGUUUUAUUAUUAUUUUGUGGGGUUGGGGGAGGAUACUGCCAGGGAGGGCACUGGCCCACAAGAGCCUCUGCAAGAGUUGCUAGCUGGUCUUUUCUCCCCCCAUUUAUUUUUUUUUUAAAUAUAUAACUAUAAUAUAUAAA